AUGACGCAGGAUGGCAAUGAAAAUGUACAUAAUACAUCGAUAUUUGUAAGGAGAAUCCCUCUGGAUGUUUCUUUGCCGUCUUUUACGUCCUUUUUUGAGGAAAUAGGAAGGGUUAAACAUGCUAUGAUUGUAACGGAUCCCGAAACAAAAAAGUCCAAAGGAUAUGGGUUUGUGAGUUUUUCGACACAUUCUGAUGCCGAAAAGGCGAUAUGUGAGCUAAAAAAGCGGACAUUGAGUGGGCAUUUUUUAAAAGCAGAGUUUGCCAAACCUAGACACCGUAGUGAUAAGAAGACGUUAGAAGAAGCGAAGACGGAAAAGGUGAAAAAGAAGCAAUUGAGGCCUUUUUUAAUCAUAAGGAAUUUGCCUUGGUCCGUUAGAAAAAAAGAUCAUGCAUUUUUUUUAGAGUUUGGUAAAUACGGGAAAGUUGUAAAUGUGAUUAUUCCGAGGAAAAAGGGAGGGAAAAUGAGUGGGUUUGCGUUUGUUCAUAUGAAACAAAUGUCUGCAGCUGAGGAAGCAAUAAAAUGUAUAAACGGAGUUGAAUUGGAGGGUCGACACGUUGCUGUUGAUUGGGCUUUAAGUCAGAGUGAAUGGAAAGAUUUUUUGGAAAAGGAGGAAAAAUCAGCCAAAGAUAUAGAUACGGAUGACUCUGUAUCGUCUUUUAUGGAAACCAAGGACAUUAUUUCUAAUAAUACAGAACUCGUUAAUAAGUCGGAUUCAUCCGAAAAAGGCUCUGUAAUCAAGGAAGAUCAAAAACCUCCAACUGCUUUAUACGACAGUAAUGAAAGAACUUUGUUUGUAAAAAACCUUUCAUUUCAAACGACGGAUAAUGAGUUGUUUUCCCAUUUUUGUCAAUUCGGUCGUUUAAAAUAUGCACGUGUCGUUAUGGAUGCAUUUACAGGGAGAUCCAAAGGAACGGCUUUUGUUUGCUUUCAUCAUAAAAUGGACAUGGAGAAUUGCUUGAACGUUUACCGGGAUUUAACACAACAAUCUGCUUUAUCGGUGAAUAAAAAAUCCACUGUGCUUCAAAACCAAAUACUCGAUGAUAACAUUGAAAAGUUUACACUGGAUGGUCAUUUAGUAUCCGUUUUUCCCGCUUUAAAUAAAGAGGAUAUCUCUGUAAUUGAAGAUAACAAUAGGAAAGAAAGAAAACAUAUAGUCGAAAAAAAUCUUGAUAAAAGGAAUAUAUUUUUACUAAAUGAAGGCUAUAUAGACCCGAAAUCAUCUUUGUUCAACUUGUUAAAUGAAACAGAACGCGAUAUGAGGAAUCAAAGUUUAACUCAAAGGAAAAAAUUAUUGGAAAAAAAUCCAUCCUUGUAUAUAUCUCUUACCAGAUUGGCUGUUCGAAAUAUUCCCAAAGAUAUUUCUGAUAAAGAUUUGAAAGCUUUAGCAAGGAAAGCAUGUGUAGACUUUGCCAAGGAAGUAAAGGAGAAAAAACGUGCACCAUUAACUCGAGAAGAGAAUCUUCGAGAUGGUAAUCCUAAAAAAGGGAAAAAAGGAAUCGUUCGGCAAGCUAAAAUUCUUCAAGAAAAGAAUGGCCAAGCGCGUGGGUGUGGUUUUAUCGAGUAUGUCGGGCAUAGAUGGGCUUUGAUGGGACUUCGUUGGCUUAAUGGGAGAAAAAUUAGUUCAAAAAAGAAUGAAAAUGUAAAAAAACGCUUAAUUGUUGAGUUUGCUCUUGAGAAUAUCAAUGUCGUUAAUAGACGUAAAGAACGAGAGAAUAAAAGUAGAAAAAAGAUUCAGUUAAAAAUUGAGGAUAAAAUGGUACAAACAACGGAAAAAAAGAGAAAAAGAAAUGAUGAUUCCGAUCCCAAUGAAAUAAAUGAUAAAAAAAGAAAACGUCUUUCUUACAUUAUAUCUCGGAAAAAAACAGAAAAGAAAAGCACAACAGGGAAAACCGUAACGUAG